CCAAAAGGGUCGGCGUUGGAGUCUCUCGUCUCUCGUCUCUCUUUCUUUGACGAUUAUCUUUCAUUCUUUGACCAAAUUCCAUGGCUUUUUGGGGAGUUGAAGUGAAGCCAGGCAAAACUUUCACUCUUAAGAAUAAUGAAGCUACAGGAAUCAGAAGACUUCACCUUUCCCAGGUCUUCUAAUCUUAAUUUAGUGGAACUUUUCAGGUUUUUGUACGCUUGUUUGAUUAAUUCUUAUGUCUGCUCUUGAUUUGGGUGUGUUUAAACGCGCUAGGAAAGUUUUACAUAGAUAUGUAUUAGGGUAGAGAGACUGAUAUGUAGCAAAUAGUGGAGUUACUUGGUUAUCUUUGCUUUAGGCAACAUUGGGCCAUGGUACUGCAACCAAUAGAAGCAUUCUACAGUGUAACGUUGGGAACAAAAGUCCCCUCUUGUUAUGUGUCUUGACUCCUGAUAAAGUUGAUUCUUGCCAAUUGAAUCUGGAGUUUGAAGAAACUGAUGAGGUUAUCUUCUCUGUCAUCGGACCUCGGAGUGUACACCUCACUGGCUACUUCCUCGGAAGGAGUACCGGGUUUAGGCCAAAUGAUGAUGAAUCAGAGUCAUUUGGAGAAGACAUUGUUGACACAGACAUGGAGAAAGGUAGCAGUGAUGAUUAUGACUACAGUGAUAGUUUCAUUAACGACGACGAUCCAGCUGUCCGUGGUUCACACGUGUCUAGUACUGAUGAUGAUGAAAUAUCUAUUAAGGAGAUGACAGCUAAAACAAAAGAGAAGAAAAAAAAUGGAAAAGGUAGAAGACUAAGGAAGAAGUUUCAAGUUUCUGAUUCAGAUUCUGAUGAAACUUCGGCUAGAGCUGAUGAAUCUAGCAAUGAGGAUUCUGUAGAAGUACUUAACAAUGGUAAUGAGCCCAAGAUCGCGAAGGUCCAUUCUUCAGAGAGUCCUCUGCCUUCAAGGGUUACGAGGUCGAAGGCAAGAAAAUCGACUUUGGAAAGUGGUGAGCCUGCCAAGUGUGAGAAGACAUUUGAAGCAAAAAUUAAUACUCACAAGACUCUGGAUAAUAGGGAGGAUAAACCAUUGGAUGAUGCUAAACUGUCUCCCGUCCAGAAAGACUGUGAAAUUCUUUCGAAGAAAAAAAGAAACAAGGAAAGGUCUAAGAGUUCAGCUAUAAUUAUUGACUCAGAUGACGGAGAGGGGAAAAAUAUGCCUGAAAGUCUUCAGAAUGAGAAUCCAGUUUCUGACAAGGGGAUCAAAUCAUCAAGUGAUGUAUUACUUUCUCAGAAUGGUGAUGCAACUCUAUCAAAGAAAAAGAAGAAAAGGGAUAGGAGAGAGGAAACUACAGAUGUCCCGGAAUGUCCAGAGAAGAAGAAACAAGCUAUCGACAAGAACAUCGAGAAAGAAGCUGGUACUAAGAAACCACUAGAAACGAGGACUUUAUCAAAUGGAGUGAUCAUUGAAGAUAUUGAAAAAGGAAAGUUAGAUGGAAAAUCAGCUGUUAAAGGGAAAAAGGUCAGUAUACUCUAUACUGGGAAGUUGAAAGACACCGGGAACUUGUUUGAUUCAAACUUGGGAGAAGAUCCACUAAGAUUCCGCUUAGGUGGAGAAAAUGUCAUAGAAGGUCUCAGCAUUGGUGUUGAAGGAAUGCGAGUUGGUGAUAAGAGAAGACUCAUAAUACCGCCAGCCCUCGGGUACUCAAAAAGGGGAUUGAAGGAAAAGGUGCCUAAGAGUGCGUGGCUUGUCUAUGAAGUGGAGGCUGUAAAAAUCAGAUAAUGCCAUUGGCUUUUGACUUUUUAAUACAGGCGUAGGAUUUUGCUCUGAGCCAUCUAUUUGUCUCAUGUUAAAAAAAUUCAUUGGCUCCUACUUCCUGUUUUAUGGUUUUGCUCAAAUCAUUCAAAACUCAAAAUUUUCCUGAUUGUUAACUGAAAAGCCCUAUCAAUGAGUAUUGUUUCGACUGUUUUACUGGUUUAUGGUUGAGUCAA